AUUAAUUAUAUCUGCUGUAGGCACUUAUCAUUGCAUGUCCUUCCUGUCGAACACGUAUCCGUCCGUCGCAUUCGGAUUCCAAGAUAAGUGAUCAUACGGUUCGGUUUCCGCGUCUUUCUUAGUCGUCUUGCAGCCCGGUGAGGCGAAAUCUUCCGACUUUUCGUUGCAAAAGCGUGGUUUAUUUUGUUUCCAUGCGUUUCAAUUAAACACUACGAACAUGCAGUGCGUCUAUCACCUUAUCACUGCCAUUUUCCUCAUUUUGACGUUUGUUGAAGCUGUUGACCGAAGCAACUUCAAAACAUGCGAACAAAGCAGUUUUUGCCGGAGAUGCCGGAAGACUGCUCCUGGAAUAUCUAAUUUUGAGAUUGCCCCAGAAACUGUUCAAGUGUACGAAACAAGUGUCAAAGCAGACCUUAUUGAUGCCUCAACAUCUGUAAAGUAUAAGUUAGAACUUACUGCCUUAGCUGAUGCCACUUACAGAUUGACUGUUGAUGAAGAGAAACCGAUCAAAGAACGUUUCAAAGUUCCUUUUGUACUGCUUCCUGUAACCACCGAACCGUUGGAAGUGUUGGAGAAAACAUCUGAGAAGAUCAUAGUGAAAUCUGGAGAAAACAAAGUUAUUGUUCACUAUGCUCCGUUUAAAUUGGAUUGUUUCUCUCAUGAUGAGUUGGUUAUUAGUGCUAAUUCACAAGGUCUUAUGAAGUUCGAGCAUCAAAGGAGGAAAACUGAUCCGAAUCCAGCGCGACCUGAAGGUGAAAAUCUGGAAGGAGAGGCAGGUGAUGACAAUAAGCUGAAUGAAGUGCAGGAAGAUCCCGGAGCUUGGGAAGAGAACUUCAAGUCACAUCAUGAUAGUAAACCUUAUGGACCAACUGCUGUUGCAUUGGACUUCACUUUUGUCAACGCUCAUCAUGCUUAUGGUCUUCCAGAGCAUGCUGAAACUCUAGCCCUCAAGUCUACCAAGAAAGGUGAUCCAUACCGGCUGUACAAUUUCGAUGUUUUUGAAUAUGAAAUUCACUCGACUAUGGCCUUGUAUGCUGCUAUGCCCUUUGCAGUUGGACUUGGCAAGAAAGCAAGCGGAAUAUUCUGGCUGAACGCCGCAGAAACUUGGGUGGAUGUGGCAUACACUCCCGACUCAGAAGCGAACAAUGUCAUGUCAUCCAUAGUGAACUUUGUCUCUGGCAGUCAGACAGAUGAGAAAACAAAGAAAGUGGACCUUCAUUUCAUGUCAGAGAGUGGCAUUAUUGAUGUAUUUUUCCACUUGGGACCGUCACCUCAUGAUGUUUUCCGUCAGUACACCAAACUCACAGGAACCAGCUUCUUACCUCCGUAUUUCUCAUUAGCAUAUCACCAGUGCAGAUGGAACUAUAAUGAUGAAAAUGAUGUUUUCAAUGUUGCUGAAAAUUUUGACAAGUACGACAUUCCGAUGGACGUCAUGUGGCUUGAUAUUGAAUACACUGAUGGAAAGAAAUACUUCACUUGGGAUGAACACAAGUUCCCUCAUGCUCUGGAAAUGGUCUACAAUCUCACAACAAAGGGAAGGAAACUCGUUGUCAUCAUUGAUCCUCACAUUAAGCGCGAUAGCAAUUACUUCCUCCAUAACGAUGCAGAGAACAAUGGCUACUACGUAAAGAACAAAGAUCGGAAAGACUAUGAGGGUUGGUGUUGGCCUGGAUCCUCAAGUUACCUCGAUUUUCUGGACCCAAAAGUAAGAGAGUAUUAUGCCUCUCAAUACAGUACUUUCCAAGGCACCAACACAGACGUCUACAUCUGGAAUGAUAUGAACGAACCAUCGGUUUUCAACGGCCCAGAAGUGACCAUGCCCAAAGACUGUAUUCACUAUGGAGAUGUCGAGCACCGAGAGCUCCACAAUAUCUAUGGUUUCAUGCAGACCCUAGCAACAUAUGAUGGUCUUUUAGCACGUGGCAAAGGUAUGAAACGACCGUUUAUUCUGACACGCUCUGCCUUCUCUGGCUCACAGAGAUACGCUGCCAUCUGGACAGGUGAUAAUGCCGCUGACUGGACUCACUUGCAGAUCUCAUACCCAAUGUGUCUGUCACUGGCCAUUUCCGGCAUGUCUUUUUGCGGUGCUGAUGUUGGAGGCUUCUUCGGAAACCCCAACCCAGAGCUCCUCGUUCGAUGGUACCAGACAGGAGUGUUUUUGCCAUUUUUCCGAGGUCACGCCCACAUCGACACUAAACGCCGUGAACCUUGGCUUUUUGAUGACCAAACUGUUGAACUUAUCCGUCAAGCAAUCAGACUGCGUUACUCUCUCCUGCCUCUCAUUUACACAACUUUCUAUGAACACACCAUUACUGGCCUGCCCGUCAUCAGACCCCUGUGGUCAGAAUUUCCCCAGGAUGUCAACACGUACGAUGUAGAUAAUCAACUCAUCCUUGGAAGCAGCCUAAUGGUCCGUCCGGUCCAAGAAGCAGGUGUGUCCUCGGUGAAUGUUCUGUUCCCUGGUCACAAUGAGUUGUGGUACGACUUGCGAUCAUAUCAGGCUUAUAAACCUGGCUCCAUUGAAAUGCCAGUAGACAUUAGCACCAUCCCACUAUUCCAAAGAGGUGGCUCAAUUUUACCCCUCCGAGAACGUGCCAGACGUUCGUCAGUCCUGACUUUACAUGACCCAUUAACGUUAUUGGUUGCCUUGAACAGCAAUGGCACAGCUACAGGAACACUUUACCUCGAUGACGGUGAUAGUUUUGAAUACCAAAAAGGACAAAGGCUGUAUAUGAAAUUCGAGUUCAAAGAUAAUGUGUUGAGCUCCUCGUUUCUUAGUGACACUAGCUAUGAUACAAGUUCAUGGAUUGAGAGGGUACUUAUAAUAGGAGCAUCUUCUGGACCAAAGCACGCAACCAUCAAAAGUGCAUCUGUGAACGGAAACGUAGAAGUAAUGUACAACAGUGGUACUCAAGUGUUGAUGAUUCGCAAACCAGCAGUUAAAGUAACUGAAGAAUGGUCAAUAAUUCUUCAUUAACUGAUACUAGAUCAACUUUAGACAAUAAAUUGUGAUUUCCUUCUGCUUUUGAACUGGGUGACAACAAUGAAUUACGAUUUGUAACCAAGCCAACCUAAGCACUGCCGCUGAAGACCAAUCCUAAAUGAUGUGCUUCAAUCUAGAUAGCUCUGAAGAAAUUGCUCAUUGUAAAGCAGAAUUUUCUUUUCAUUUUUGAUUUAUAAUUAAUUUCGAUUUAUUCAUUCAUAAUUUCAAUAGCGUUUUAAAUUUUUUGAUGUAAGGGCAGUGUGUUAUAUUGAAUGUAAGAAAUUCAAUCAAUAUAAUAUUGGUGAUCAAGUGGUAGUAAUUGGUGAAGUAAUAAAUACCAAGGUUAACAAUUCUAAUAAACCACUAGUACAUCGUUUGCGAGAAUAUAGAGAAUCAAAAUGAUAAAUAUUGGAUUAUGUGGUUCUACCGGUAAAAUGGGAAAAAUGAUAAUUGAAAGAAUAGGAAGUUUUGAUUCUUGUAAAAUUUCAUCAACAUUUUCCAGGCAAAAUAAUGAUUUAGAUGAAUUUUGUCGUAAUUGUCAGGUAAUUAUAGAUUUUUCAAAUGGCGAAUUAUUAGAAAAAUUGCUCAAAUCAGCCAUAAAAUAUAAAAAUAAAUUGGUUAUUGGUACCACCGGUUUUGAGUCAAAAGUCUCAGAUCUUAUGCAUUCUGCUUCAAAGGAUAUAGCUAUAUUAUAUUCUGCCAAUAUGAGUCUAGGAAUAAAUUUACUUGCCAUACUAACUGAAAAAGCAGCAAAAAUUCUUGAUAAAAAUUAUGAUAUAGAGAUCUUAGAGUCUCACCACCGGAUGAAGUUAGAUAUUCCUUCUGGCACUGCUCUUAUGCUUGGUAAAACAUUAGCGGAAGCAAGAAAUAUAGAUUUUAAGAAGGACGUAAUUCAUAACCGACAUGGUAAAAGACUGUCGGGCGAAAUUGGUAUCGCUGCAAUUAGAGGAGGACAUGUGUACGGAGAGCAUGAGAUAAUGUUUCUAGGUGAUAAUGAAACCAUCAGCUUUAAACACCAAGCUCUUAAUAGAGUAUCUUUUGCUGAUGGGGCAAUUAAGGCUGCAAUUUGGAUUGCUAGUAAAGAAACUGGUUUUUAUUCUAUGCGUGAUGUACUUAGUCAACUCGGUUAAAAAUUUAUGUAUAAAAUAUAUUAAAUCUAUUUUUAUAUACAAAUAUCAUUGACACUAUGCCUUAUUAAUAGUCUAAAUGUCAACUAUUGAAGAUAUGUACGUGGGGUCGUAAUGUCUCGUAAAUAUGAGCUUAGCUGAGUUGGAAUUUUAUAUGGUAAUAAAGUAUCUCAUUCACAAAGAAAAACUAAAAAGCAUUUUGAGCCUAAUCUAAGAAUUGUAAGAUAUUCAAGUGAUAUUAAAGUAAAUUAUGAAAGAAUUUGGUCCUGGAUUUCCAUGUUUCGAUGCAGAGUGAUGAGUUGAGCUAGUCUCGUCGUUGAAAAUUGUUGGUCACCCAAAAAAAUUUGUUCUUUGUUUUAGGUAUAAUUUUGUACAGUUUUAGGUCACCGUGGUUAAGUGAUAUUUUUUUUUGUAAUUAGGUAUUCAUUAGUGCAUCAUAUGUUUUUAGGAGAGGAACUAUGUGUUACAAAAGAACUGAAAUAUUAAAUGAUAGCCAAACCCAUCGAUAAGAUUCAAGGUGCAUUUCCGAGUAAAGUUUUGUUUCUUUUUUUUCAUUUUAUUUAAUUUUUUUCAUCCUAAAGUAUCAACCCCCACAAUUAGCUCAUGCCUAUUUCUAUCAUCCCUCUUUUUAAUGUAGCUUUUAUUUUUCCUGUGAAGCCCAGCCAAAAACGAGGCAAAAUAAUUUAAAAGAUAGGAGCCUGAUGAAUUUUGAAAAAUACCUAACUGUUUAAAAAAGAUUUUAUUGCCUCGUUUGUAUGAAAUCAUAUUAGUUGAUCUCCUUGCUCACAAGACUCUUUUUUUUUCCCAAAAAUAACAGUACGAAAAUGCUACAGAAAAAUUGUAACUUCUCUUGCUAUUUCACAAUCAAGGAGCAAUGUAUUAUAGAGUGCUUAAAAAAUGGGCUAUAAACCUUGUAAAAAUGUCUAGAACAUGCGGCUUAGAAUACAUUUGGAUUGUCACAAAAAAGUAUGUCUUGACAGCAUCACAACAUUGUGAAAAAAUGCUCUCAAUUAAGUAAGCCUUGCCCAUCAGCACUCGGUAACUCUGAGAUAAAGCAGGAAUGGUCCACAUUGCUAUUUAAGAGUUACGAUUGAUGCGCCAAGCCAAAAUCGACUGAAUGUUUUUUAAUUAUCACGAAACAAUUUUUAGCAUAAAUUAAGACAGGCACCCUAACUAAACAUUGUGAUAGUAGAUUUAGGCAGGCCUUUAGCUGUUUAAUGAAGCAAAAGAAAUUGAAAAAUUAGUUGGUAACUUUCCCUCCUCAUCUAUAAGUUGAUGUCUUAAUUUAUAACAUUCUAUCGGUACUUUUGUUUAAGAAAGUGCCCUCUCAGAAAUUGAAAAAAUAGUCGAAAAGAUCAAAUUCUUAAUUAAGUCGACAUUAUACUUCACAGCUCAAAGUCAAGGUUUUGAGGUAAAAUUUGUUAAGUAAAUUAAAUUCAUUUGUUUUUAAUUCUCAUUGAAAGAUAGUACGUACCUUAUGUUUACCCCAACAUUUAAACUCAAGUAAAAUAAAUUAUGAUUUCAGUGAUAUGAAUCUUCUGUUUAUUGGAGGACAACAGUACACUAUAAGGUAACAAUCACCCUUCAAGUAUUUGAGUGAAAAUGCAGCUCUUCUAUCUCAUUUUUACUGCACUUUGUGUAAACUUUCAAUGUCAUUAAUUUUCUGUUUUUGCAAUAAAAUUAAUGUUUACC